GUUUAUUCAAUAGUAAAAUCAAUGAGUUUAUCAUUGAUAACCAUUGUGUUUUUUUCAUCAAAAAUUUUGAUUUUAGAUAGUAAUAAUUUAAGCAAAUUAGAUGGGUUUAACAAAUUCAUCUAUCUUGAAGAAUUGAUUUCGAGCAGAAAUAACAUAAGCCAAAUUAAUGACAUGAUUAACUUCAAAUCACUAAAGACUAAAAAUAUUAUAUUUAUCAAAAAAUCAAAUCAAAUCAGUCACAAAAAAUACAUUUGACAAGCUUGAUCAAUCGAAAAAACUAUUUAGAAACAAAUUUGUUAGAAAAGUUUGAAAUUAACAAUAAUUCUUUAAAAAACCUAGAAGGCAAUAGAUUGAAAACAUUCAGAAAUUUUGAAAAUUCGAGGAAACUAAAUUUUCUUGAGUUCAUGCACAAUCAGUUGAAAACCAAGGAGAACUUGAAGUUUUAUUUGUAUAUUCCAAAU